AUGCCUCCUCAGCACGGCUCUCCCAAAUACUCAGACAGUCGCAGAGCAACCUACGAGGAAGGUUCAUCUCGAAAGCACAGCGCCCCUCACUGGUGUCUGCAGAAUAUCGCACAAGAAUCAGUGGACAGCUCUGAUGAGGAAUUCUUUGAUGCUAGAGAUGUUCUGGAGGGGAAGAGCGCCAUUCUGCUUGGAAUGAGUCAGUGGAACUCGAAUGACCUGGUGGAGCAGAUCGAAACCAUGGGACACAUGGAGGACCAGUCACGUGGUCUUUACCAGCUGGGUGGUCCGCGCUGUGCCCCUCAGAGCAGCAUUGAAGGACUCGAGGACACAGAGAGGAAAUGUAAGACCCAUGUGCUGCUGCUGGUGGUGCACGGGGGAAACAUCUUGGACACGGCAGGCGGAGACCCCAGCUCGAAGGCCGGCGAUGUGGAAACCUUGUCGUCCGUGCUGGAGAAGGUGGCGCGGGCGCACUUUCAGGCAGCUGCAGAACACGUGAUGAUCAAGCUGGUGCCAUGUCCGGCCGUGUGCGCUGAAGCCUUCUCCCUGGUAUCCAAUCUGAACCCGUACAGCUACGAUGAAAGCUGUGUGUCCAGCAGCGUGGACCACCUCCCCCUGGCUGCCCUCCCCCUCCUGGCCAUCGUCUCACCGCGGUACCAGGAUGCCGUAGCAACGGUCAUCGCUCGAGCCAACCAGGUGUACCACAGCUUCCUGCAGUCAGAGGACGGCCAGGGAUUCACGGGUCAGGUCUGCCUGAUGGGCGACUGCGUGGGGGGGGUGCUGUGCUUUGACGCUUUGUGCUUCAGCAACCAGCCGAGGCCCGGCAGUCCCGACGGCAGCAGCAAGGACAACAGCACCGAGAGCCUGAAGGAUAACUCUGGGCUGCUCGGCGAGUCCGGCCUGGAUCUGAGUUCUAGCAAGAGGCUGAGCAAGAGCAACAUCGACAUCUCGGCGCCCAACGAGGGCCACGGUCAGAGUGGGCCGCCGCUCAGCCGGAAGCAGAGCGACUCGUAUGAUGGAGACGCCACAUCCACCAGCCAGCACAGCUUUUUUUCCAGUUUAAUGAAAGACGGCGUGGAGCUGCGUGGCAGCAGCAGCCCCAGUCUGGUGCUGAACCCGGGCCGGUUUGACUUUGAGGUGUCGGACUGCUUCCUGCUGGGCUGCCCGCUCGGCCUCGUGCUGGCCAUGAGACGCACCGUGCUGCCUACUGUCCAGGUGAGUCAGCUCCAUCCGGCCUGCUCUCAGAUCUUCAACCUCUUCUACCCCUCGGACCCUUCGGCCUCCAGACUGGAGCCUCUGCUGCAGCCUCUCUUCCACAAGUUGCCGCCGUUUGCUGUGCCCCGCUACCAGCGCUACCCUCUGGGGGACGGACGCUCCAUGCUCAUAGUGGAAAGCAUCCAAGGCCACGCCAACAUCUUUUUAGAAGGAGAACAGGCCCAAGGAGGUCCGGCUUCACAGCAGCCCUCCGAGACCACCACCGAGGGAGGAGGGAGAGAGGAGGGAGGUCGCAGAAACAGCGUGACCAGUGUGGAAAGCGAAACGUCAAUUUGCUCCAUGGGCCAGCUGGGAAACACCAUCGCCAACAUUUCCAGUAGCUGGUGGGGCUCUAAGAGGCUGGACUUUGCUCUGUACUGCCCUGAUGUGCUAACAGCCUUCCCAACUGUGGCUCUGCCGCACCUUUUUCACGCCUCCUACUGGGAGUCCACUGACGUAGCAGCUUUUGUUCUCCGGCAGCUCAUGCGAUGUGACUGUGUGAAGAACCAGGAGACCGACAAUUUGGACUCUGCUCCGUUCUCUCCCUCCAGUCCACGAGAAAAAUGGCUUCGAAGGAGGACACACGUCAAGCUAAGGAACGUCACAGCCAACCACAGGGUGAACGACAUCAUCGCCACCGAGGACGGACAUCAAACCCUGGUGGGGCGCUUCAUGUACGGCCCCUUGGACAUGGUCACUCUGACGGGGGAGAAGGUGGACGUUCUGCUGAUGACCCAGCCUCAGUCCGGCCGCUGGGUGCACUUUGACACCGAGGUGGCCAACAGCAGCGGCAGAGUCACAUACACCAUCCCCAAGAGCAAGAAGCUCGGCCAGGGAGUCUACCCCAUUAAAAUGGUGGUCAAGGGGGAUCAAACGAGUGCAGAGGCCUACCUCACUGUGUUGCCACGGGGCAUGGAGUGUGUGGUCUUCAGCAUCGACGGCUCUUUCGCCGCCAGUGUGUCAAUCAUGGGCAGCGACCCCAAGGUCCGCCCCGGAGCUGUGGAUGUUGUCAGGCACUGGCAGGACCUGGGAUAUCUGAUCAUCUACAUCACAGGCCGCCCUGACAUGCAGAAGCAGCGCGUGGUGUCGUGGCUCUCGCAGCACAAUUUCCCCCACGGGAUGAUCUUCUUCUCUGAAGGCUUGGUUCACGAUCCCCUGCGGCAGAAGACCAUCUUCCUCAGGAACCUCAUACAGGAGUGUCAUAUUAAGAUCAACUCUGCUUAUGGCUCCAUGAAGGACAUCUCCGUUUACAACAUGCUCGGGCUAAGCCCCUCACAGAUUUAUAUUGUUGGCAGACCUUCUAAGAAAUACCAGAAUCAAUGCCAGUUUUUGAGUGAGGGCUACGCAGCGCACCUCUCAACCCUUCAGUUUGGACACAGAGCUCGACCCAAGAAGUCCUCCUCGGUCCGCAUGGUCCUGAGGAAAGGCUCGUUUGGUCUCCCGGCAAAGCCCGACUUCCUGUGUAAGCGCACCCACCUGCGCAGGACCAUGUCGGUGCAGCAGCCCGACCCGCCUUGCACGCCCAACCCCAAGCCUGAGCGAGCACAGAGCCAGCCGGAAUCUGAUAAGGACCACGGGGUCGGAGGAGGUGGAGGAGGACAAGGUCCAUGGGGACGGCCCUCCAUGCAUCGCGGAGACACGACUCCCUGA